CAAGAGGCAGAUCUCCAAGUGGAGCAGACGCGCCAGCACUUCUACGAACUCUCUCUUGAGUAUGUGUGCAAGCUGCAGGAAAUCCAGGAAAGAAAGAAGUUUGAGUUUGUGGAACCGAUGCUGUCCUUUUUUCAGGGAAUGUUUACUUUCUACCAUCAGGGGCAUGAACUUUCCAAAGACUUCAAUCACUACAAAAUGGAACUACAGAUCAACAUCCAGAAUACACGGAAUCGAUUUGAGGGAACCAGGUCAGAAGUGGAAGAACUUAUGAAUAAAAUCAGACAAAACCCCAAGGACCACAAGCGAGCAAGCCAGUUCACAGCAGAAGGCUACCUGUAUGUCCAGGAGAAAAGGCCGGCUCCAUUUGGGUCUAGCUGGGUCAAACACUAUUGCAUGUAUCGGAAAACAGCCAAGAAAUUCAACAUGAUCCCGUUUGAGCACAGGUCUGGGGGGAAACUGGGGGAUGGAGAGGUGUUCUUUUUGAAAGAAUGCACCAGAAGGUAUACCGACUCCAUUGACAGAAGGUUUUGCUUUGACAUUGAAGCUGCUGACAGACCUGGCGUCCCCUUGACUGUGCAGGCGUUUUCAGAAGAGGAGAGGAAGCAGUGGCUGGAAGCUCUGGGUGGAACAGAAGCUCUGUUCCAUACUUUGAAUAGAGCGAUCCUCCCGAGACCAGAAGGAGGAGAGGAACAUGGGAAGUACACAGCAGAACAUAUACUGUACAAGAUAUUAGUUGUUUCUCCGUGACUGCAGCAAAAUCCUGAUGCAGAAAGACUUACCAUGGAG